CGGGCGGCCCAUGGGGCGGUGCGGUGCGCCGCGGCCGUAGUGCGAACCAUGGGAGGUGGCUGGUGGUGGGCUCGGGCUGCCCGCCUUGCCCGACUCCGCUUCCGGGGGGCGCUGCUGCCGCCUCCGCGGCCCCGGAGCGGGGGCGCCCGGGGGUCCUUUGCUCCUGGCCACGGCCCCCGCGCUGGGGCUUCACCGCCCCCAGUGUCCGAGCUGGACCGCGCAGACGCCUGGCUCCUCCGGAAGGCUCAUGAGACAGCCUUCCUCUCCUGGUUCCGCAAUGGCCUCCUGGCAUCAGGCAUCGGGGUCAUCUCCUUCAUGCAGAGUGAUAUGGGUCGGGAGGCCGCCUACGGCUUCUUCUUGUUGGGCGGCCUGUGUGUGGUGUGGGGCGGCGCCUCCUAUGUGGUGGGCCUGGCGGCGCUGCGGGGACCCAUGCAGCUCUCACUGGGGGGCGCGGCCGCAGGCGUGGGCGCCGUGCUGGCCGCCGGCCUGCUCUGGGCUUGUGCCGUCGGCCUCUACAUGGGCCAGCUGGAGCUGGACGUGGAACUGGUGCCCGAAGACGACGGGACCGCCGCGGCGGAAGGGCCGGACGAGGCGGGCCGGCCGCCACCGGAGUGAGCCGCAGGGCCGCGGGGAACGGCCGGGCGCUGGACUGCCGGGGCCCGCGGACCGGGACAUUAAAACCUGACCCUUCCCUCGCUCCCGA